CUCUGUCCGGAAUCACCUGUUUCAUCACCACACUCGUGUCCGCUUCUAUCUAGUAAGGAUGGUGUUGUGAAAUACGAUAUUGUAUUUUAUUGUAAUCCAAUGUGAAGCACGGACAUCAGAAGACAUGUGUCGAAAACAAAUCGAGGGAAUCGUCAUCGUAUUUAUGUCGAUCUUUGCUCUGGGCUGGGGCGCGGCGGCGCCACCCGUGAUGACUCCCUCCACCAAGGUUGCAUCUCCGUACGAUUUGACCAGUGACUUGUACAAAGGUUCUUUGACCAAACUUGAACUGGAGAUCCAGUUUCCCCCUGGUCUGUCCACGAGCGUCAAAAUUGAACUCCUCCCCUCCAUCGAUGAAGUUAUAGCAAUAAUGGGUGAUGUUGUUGUAAAACAAAAUGGAGCCAACCUCGGCUUAACCAUCCCGACUCCAACCUGCUACAAAGUUCCGGCAAAUGCAGGGCUGUCGGUUCAGUAUGACUCCAGGUGCGUUUAUGAUCUAGGCGAUGUAACAAACAUAGACGCCACCAACGAUAUUGAGGACAGCAUUCUCCGUCUGGAGUGGGAGGCCAUACUUGUUAGUGUCGGAUCGUACGCAGACAAUGACGUGUACUGGAUAAGCGAAGGAGUGGAGUACAACAACAGUUACAAUGUUUGGAUCGGGCAGGUGUCUUACAACAUCCAGCAUGAACAGAUGACCAUUAGCAAAACUCCCGAGUUUACUCUGAUAACCCCUGUUACUCCGACCGAACCAGUCGGUUCCAUAUUCAACAUAGAUAUAGAUGCUUGGCUUCCUUAUCCAUUCUCCUCAUAUGCUGCGGAGGGCGUCAGUCUUGCUGCAGAUGGCAAGCUCACAGUUUUGGCGGUGAAUGUGGUGGCCGCCGGAACUAACUACGACUUCCUGUUUGACUAUCAGCAGCUCCAGGAUAUCGACCUGAGCUGUGACACGGAAACCCCCGGCAAGAAUCGCAUCCGGCUGAACAUCGGCACAGUACCAAAUAAAGGUGCUAACCAGGGAGCUGUCGCCACAGCUGCAGACUUGAUUAAGGUUCGAGUGACGUGUUUCCUGGCUACCGAUGCAGUGGUUGGUGACGUAUACUCCGUAGGUACGGGAAUAGAGAUCGACACGACAGAGGUCUGGGUGGCCUCCACCAACAUCACAGCCGGACCUCCAGUAGCAUCGACAGCGCCAUUUACAGCUGUGGCUCAGACGCCCGACCCUGCGCUCGUUCCUAUCGGGGGCAUGGCGACGUUCAAGGUAAACUUGACGUUUCAGGCACUGUCCUCCGCGCGGUACAACCUCAAGGCUGAAACACUUCACCAGGGUGCCAUCAAAGUCCCUGGCCUUGCUACAAUUUCUGUCGCCAUUAUUAACGCUGGGAGUAACGUCCCCUGCCCCGACACGAGCACAGACUAUACUUUGUCGAAUCCUGCCAACGGCUUCAUCGACAAGGGAGUUAUGGAUAUGAACGUCACCGACUUCGGUAUGACGUCAGGCGCGUACGAUGACACGCUAGAGAUCGCAGUAGUAGGACUUGCCAUGCCUGGAUUCGCUGAGGACACAGAGACCUAUAUCCUCAAACUGACCGUAACUAACGUUGACACGAGCGUGACACAGGUGGUGCAGGGCACAUUUACAAUUGGAGGUACCAUGACGUACGAUAGUCCCGUGGCCUAUUCCUUCAACAUGUAUCACAAGUGUUCGAGUAACUGUCUGGUGACCGGCAGUAUGAUUGAUCUAUAUCUUGACGUAACGACCGAGAUCGGCAAGAACCCUGGACUCGUGACUUUCGAAUUUCCUGUCCCCUCCAACAUCUCCAACAACUUCUUCAAGAUCUGUGCAUUUGAGGCUAUCGACAUCGGCAAAAAUAUACCCUGUGUCAACAAUGCUCUCAUUUCCGUCCAGUCGACGUUAACAACAGAUGCAGACGGAAACUACGAAAAGGUCCUGGCUAAGAUUAACCCUCUAUGUAACCUCGGAUUUAGCUCCGACCCUGUUGACAAUAAGUUCACGCUUAAGAUGACAGCUACCUACCUGAACGAGUCGGCAGUGGUUGACGACGAUACUGCACAUUUUGGUAUGGGCGUCAGCUAUAGCGACAUCCAAGUCUAUGUCGCCAUGCUGGAUGUCUGUACAAAAGCUAUCUCCUACUUUCCUUCUCUUGCUAUCGUGGAGGCAGUAGCCGUAUCCCCUAACCCAAACGAUACCCUGACAGACCUCAAACUCAAGGCCAGUCUCGAUGGAACAACCUAUGUGAACAAACCAAUGGAUUGGAAUGCCGGCUCCAACAACGGUUCCCAUGACAUCUACACAUUGGCCAACCCUUUCUUAACCACGUUUGUCCGGCUUGGUGUGGAUGCUAGCUGUCAAGGAACUUGCAACGUAGAGCACGACUUCGUUUAUACAAGUCUUGACGGAUAUCUCGAUAUUUUUCGAGACACAGGCGGUGUUCUACUUCGACAGAUGCCUUGGGCACUGGACAAUGACCCAAAUACGUGCUUCGAUCUGCCCGUACAAGGAGACACGCCCCCUGUACUAUAUGCACGAAUGAACACAACCUUAUUGGGAAUUAACAUCGAUAAGUUUUCACUGAAUGUUACUGGAGACGGUCUGUACUGUGACCGACACGACAGCUCGCGUGUGAUUCAAAUUGCAUAUCCGAUGACUGCAGAGACGGACGUAUUUCAUGCAAAUAUUGGGUUUUGUUCCUCAAAACAAGAGUUCCCCGGAGCUGGUUCAAAGACCACUUGCAACUUCGAGUGUGUAUGCAAUGACACGAAUCACUGUGCGGAAAUCUUCAUGUAUUUCGCUAACCACGACAAAGGCGUUUGGAAACUGUGUGAAAUCUCGGCAGCUAACAUUUGAGACGGUUUUCUGCUACGGCCAUUGUCAAAGGCUCAACGUCACAGUGUAACAAGCUGGAGGUAUAUCUCCAGUAGAUUUAACAGUUGCAUAACAUUUAUGUUGUAGUAUUACGCUGGCAAAGAAAAAGGAGAGAGGCUUUCAAGUCAAGCUUUCAUUAAACCAAUUUAAAGAUUCGGCUAACGCUACGAAUGUUUGAUGUAACGGUAUAUUUUUGAAAAUAUUGUCAUGGGGGAAAUGUUAUCGAAAAAUAAAAACAAAAGUAUUUGGCAGUCGAAUAUUUGUUGAAUUGCUCACAACAUUAUAAAGAUGUGAAUUUCGAAUUAACAAAGACAGGUUUAGAAUAAAUCAGAAAGAAACUUCAAUUACCAAUAAUAAAACUGACUCUCCUCCAUUGAAUUGUUUUUACAGACAUACUGGCUGACCUUUGUCUGCUAAAAUUGUUAUGUUUUAGAGCAAUUGAACAAUUGUAACCAUUCCUGGCAUAUCAAUAAUAAAGUGUCACAAUUUUAGUCAUCAAUGUAAAUUUUAAAUUUUAAACAGUAUAUGAUCGAUGGAUAAUUAAGUCCAUAGAGUGACAUACCAAGACAGGGUAGAUAGUCUACUGUCACUCAUAAUGGUCUUCUGACAUUCAUGUGACACGAUGGACCAGGAAAAGAAGCGAAACUUGAAAGAAGACUGUCGAUGAACAUUAGUCCGUUUGGCAUACUUAUGGGUGAGCAAUGAAAAUCAGCAGACGUUAUCGCCAUACACAGUACUCAUGGUAAUUUCGAUGUUUGGUUUUGGUAAUAUGAACUAUUGUUAACCAUGCUUUUGCAAAUAGACCAAUUGUUUAGGGAAUUUUGCUGCAAUGUAACGAAUGAUAAGUUGGCCUACUUUUAGAUAAUCGUGAUUGUAAAUGAGUUAUAUGUUAAAUGGAAAACGUUAAAAUUUAAGCCAUCUGUUUCAGUCAAGAUCACUUGAGAUACUUAGGAAUCUUCUAAAGUUGGCUCUUAAUGAUUUUAUUAUUUUCGACGUAGAAAGGUAAAAUAUAAAUAAGAAAUCGUUUUGCAAUAAAUGGUUGUUCAGUUGAAUAUAGUAGACCUGUUUUCAUAUAACUAACAUAUAGUUAUACACCGGGCGCCUUCUUAAUGAUGUGGUUACAUGUCCGUCCAUAUCUAUUUUUUUAUUACGUUAUUAAACAGUAGUUAUAACUGCAAUAAUACCUUAAUAUUUUUGUACUAACUUUGAAAUGUUAACUGAUGAUUACCGCUAUGUUAUGGAUUGGUGUAACGCUUAAUCCUGGUUCAAAUAUCAGCGUACUAAUGUAUAUAUGUUUAGAGUUAAUGUAUGU